ACCGUACGUUCGCGAUGCUGAAAACACUGUUUACCGUUCUCGUAGUCGCUGCUUGUAUAGGCAUCAGCAUCGCACAGGUGUCCUGUUCUACAGAAUGUUUGAACCUGGCAACUCAGAUUCGCAAAGCCGACAAUGUUUUCGCUGCAGCUUCCCUUUAUAGCCGGUUUUUCCUCGAUGGUUGCAAUACCCAGUGCCUAAACCAAAGAACACAGACUACAACUGCGACAACUACAACAACUCAAAAUACAGCAGCACCAUCGACAACAACAUCAAGAAUAAUAUCUACAACAACGGCGCAGGAUCCGCGUAUCAAAUCUGAUUAAUAUGCUAA